UUUUUUGGUUUAAAUAUUAGUCUCACUAUUGAAAAGCUUUACCACAAAGUUUACAGUCAUUUGUGUGGUUUGAUUGCAUACAAGUAGACCACAAAUACCAUACAAUUUGAAUAUUGAUUUUCAUCAGCAAUGAUAACCACAACAACAACAUCGACAUCGAUGACCAAACUUUUUCUAUCGGUAAUCGUAUUAUUGGUGGCCAUUGUUAGUGGUCAACAACAACAAGAAGAAUAUGUUGAGCCGGCCAUCAAUGAUGAAGAUGACAUUCAAUCGUUGUUUACCACUGAUGAUCAACAAUUGGAUUUCAUCGACAAUGUGGCUAAAGAUUAUUUAAGACAACUGAAAAUAGCGCACAAUUUAGUCGACGGCGACAAUGGUUUGGAUGAGACAUCGGGUUUGAAUCGUCACAAGCGUUCGCCACUUCAGUCGCCGCCUAUCGUCGGAAGCGAUUGGUUUGCCGACAAAGGUGUGCACCGAUUGCGAGCCAUUAUACCGCGUAUGCCUACCUGUGAUCAUCCGAUUGACUUUACGACCAUCAGCUUCAAUAACCAGACAUAUGGCAUAUGCGUUUCGCAGCCGACCGGCAACCGUAAGGCCAAAGUGAGCGUCGGUCCGCUAACACCGGUCGGAUGGCAACGCAAUCAAAUGACAACUUGGGAUCUAUCGAUACCGCAAAAAGUGGUUGCAUUUGUCGACAAAGAUAAGGAUCUGAAUGAAGAUAAUCUCUUUGUUUUGGUGGCCGAUGUAGGCAAUCGCGAUGGUACUAACGUGUUGGCCAUAAAUAAAUUUAAUCGUAAAGUAACUAAAGAGCAUCACACUGUUAACAGCAAAUACCCGACGGCAAUAUCUAUGUGGAGGUCGCCGACUGACAAUUCGCAUCAUUUAGCAAUCGCUAACUCGUACGGACCCGAAUCGGUAAAAAGUUUUAAAUCGGAAACCUAUACGUAUACCUGGACGGGAACCUAUUUCGAUCGGUAUUCGGAGAUGACCACCUAUUUUGUUAAAGAUAUCUGCGCUUUCAAUAUACACAGUUACGAAUAUCUGGCCGUUGCCAACCAUAAGGCCGGUCCCAACAAUAUGGAAGUCGAUUCUGAGAUAUUCCGUUUGGAUAUCGACACGAAAAAGUGGCGUUCAUUUCAGCGAAUACGUACGUUCGGUGCCAUCGAUUGGGAGUUUUUUACGUUCGGCUCAGGUCACCAUAGAGAGUAUUUUCUGGCCGUUGCCAACAAUUUCGAUAUGAGACACGGAAAACCCAAAUACGAUGUCAAUUCGGUGAUCUACAAGUAUUCUGACGACAAAUUUGUUCCGUUCCAGUGUUUGGCAACUGUUGGCGCCACACAAAUCAAAACAUAUACCGGUCCCGAUGGCCAGUUUGUGCUGGCCGUGGCCAACAUGCAUCAGGCCGUACAUUUAUAUCAGUACAAUGGAUGGCAUUUUGUGGAAACUUCGGUUCAAUAUACGAGUGGUGUUAUGAGUCCAGGAGUGGUAUCACUUCAUUACGCUUAUCUAUCCUUUGAACGAACCGGUGUUCUAUUUGUUAGUAAUCCGCGCCAUCCGUCCGGUCAUAUGUUUCGGCUCGAGUUUGUCUACGAGAAUCCAUUGGGUGAAUGGCAUAAACAGAGUCUAGGCUGGUGUGAGGCCACUGAACAACAGGUCAGACAAUUUGGUGUCGAAACGUUGAUGCCAUUGCUGAAGGAUACGUUUUUUGUCGACCAAAUCGAGCCGAUAGUUAUCAAUGAUGAUCUUGUUUUGUCCGAUCUUGACAUCGGUUCACUGACCACACCCGUUAUUGUUGAUGCAUCCAAUGGCGAUGAACUAAGUCAUCGAAUAAUUGACGAAUUGGUCAAAUUGGAUGAGGAGAUCACCAAAGCUCACGCACAAUUAGGUCAGCUCAUUGACCUGUUAUCCAAUGCCAUGCGUACCGAUGGCGACCAAAUUAUUACUGCACCGCAAACGUUCAAAUCGGCUACUUUUGAAUGUCGGCCAGAUAUGGACUGUUAUUUUCAACGAAUCGACACCAAAGUCCUCAACAACGAUAACAUUGAAGGAUUGGCCGCAGAUAUUGUACCGCUAAAUGUCGACCAAAAUAUUCAACAGCCGAUGCACUUUCAACACAUGAAAGUUGACAAUAAUAUCAUAUUAAAUGGUUUGCUAAAUGACGUAAACACCGAUACUAUUGUCACUAGAAGUGGUAAUCACGAAAUAUUGGCGCCCAAGACAUUUGCCAAAGAUUUGAACGCUAAACAAGUGGUUGUAUUGAAUCGAAUAAAUGAACAAAUUAUAAAUCCAUCAACAGUUUUGUUGACAACUGGCGACCAAAUUAUCAAUAAUAGUAUUACAUUUAAAGCUGGUGUACGUCUAAACAGUCUUCGUGUGAACGGACCGGUCAAUGAUAUAAAUAUCGACAAAUUUUUCAACGAAAUGGUCACUAAAGAUGACAAUUAUAUUAUAAGAGGACAAAAGGCAUUUAACAAUCUAGAUCUUAAUGAUCUUAUAAUGGCUAACGGCUCGACAAUUGAUGGCAUCGAUAUCAUGGAAUUAUGGAAGAAUGUCUUGUGGACAUACGGUGAUGAAGAAAUUUCUGGACAAAUUGAUUUCACCGAUAUUGUUGUCGGUAGAAAUCUUAUGGUCGAUGGACUGAUCAAUGGCGUCAAGAUUCCCAGUGAUGUUAUAUUGACAAAUGAGAAUACGUUCAUAGCGUCGGCCAAACAAUUUCUGAAGCCGACACGUUUGGAUCGGACAGAAGUGUUGCAUUCGAUCAAUGGUAUCGGAUUGGUUAACGGCAAUUUGGAUAUCAUGUCUAAGACCCGGGAACAAGUGGUUUCGGGUCCGAAAACAUUCAAUACAAUACAUUUGAACGGUAACAAUCUGGUCCGUGGAACUGUCGAUGGCGUUAAAUUGUCAUUAUUUAAGCGAUUACUUUUGACCCGAAACUCACCGCAACAUUUCAAUAACCUGGAGAUCCGUGGCGACGCGUUUUUUGAUGGCGGACUCGCUGUCCGAUCGACGAUCAAUAAUCUGAAAUUGGAUGAUCUCUACAACAAAGCGUUGAAAUUGACUGACAGUCGUAUCGAUGGCUUUCCACACUUUGAGAUGAAUAAUGUUUUUUUCGCCGGUCUUCAGAGUCAAUCAAUUAAUGGACUGAAUAUUGGCAAAGAUUUGGUGACUAAGAAUACAGCGCAAGUAAUCACUGGCCACAAGAUAUUUGCCAACGGAAUCAAAUUGAAUGACAAUAUUAAUGUCAAACAAAUAAACGGAAUCGACUUUGACUUCUUUGUUGGCGACACUCUACUCAAUAAUGGUAAUCAAGUGAUCACUGGAGAGAAAACAUUUUUGAAUAACUUGUUGGUCAAGAAUUUAAAGACUAAUAAUAUUAAUAAAAUUCCAAUGAAUGACAUUGUUUUGUUAAAUGGAGAUCAAGUGAUAUCUGCGCCCAAAACCUUCACUAAUGUCCAAAUAUAUGGUGAUCUUAAUACCGAAAGCUUUGAUUCUCAACUUAUAAACGACGUUCAUAUGAAAGAUCUGUACGAAAAUACUCUUCAAUACGACAAACCACAGACAGUGACCGCACGUCUUAAUGUCGACACAAUUAUGAUUCCGAAACAAACAAAUUUUGGAACAAAAUCUAUAAAUGGAGUCAAUCUAAGAGCUCUUAUGUCUGAUGCAGUUGUUGUGGAUAUUCCUCAAGUGAUUGUCGGUCCAAAAACAUUUGUAUCGCCCGUUACUAUUAGUGCCGUUAAAUUUCUCGACAAUUUCGAUAAUGUGACCGAUUAUGAGCUCAAACACAACUGGCUUUUGCAGGACAUGAAACAGACAAUCAAUUCUAAUAUUGUUUUUGAACGAAAUCUUAAAGUGGAUGACAAUAUCCGAAUGAAGAAUCCUAUUAUUAAUGGAAUUAAUCUAAAUGUUGUCAAUAAUAGUACCGUAAAAUUAUUUGAAUCGGCAAUGUUUGAGAAGGACACACAUUUUUCAGGACCGGUACACUCAACUGGACACAUUAAACUUAAGGGACGAAUUCAGGGAAUAGAUUUGGACAAAGAAGCAGUUGUUCUCAAUGGUGAUAAUAUAAUUAAUGGACGAAUUCAUUUUGUAACGGGUUUUAGCGGUAAUGAACACCUAUAUGUCAAAGGAACUGUUGAUGGAGUAGUAGUUGAAGACUUGUGCCGUACAACUGUCCGACAAAAUCAACAGAAUUUAUUUGGUCCGACACAAGUAACCGGUAAUGUCUUAAUAAAAGGACCGCUAAAUCUCCGGUCAGAUGUCAAUGGAGUCAAUAUCGAUGAGUUUAUCCGAAGUGUACUUAAAGUUGACGAACCAUCGAAUGUCACGGGAAUCAAACAUUUCCGAAAACUUGUUAUCAAUGGACCAAUUAUUGUCAAGAAAUCUGUGGCUGGAUUUCGUAUCGAAGAUUUUGCCAACAAUUAUAUGAGUUUAACACGCGAUCAAACUGUUGGUUCACAACUGGUUUUUCUCAAUGAUUUAAAUCUUAAGAAAGGUCUUAAAAUAAAGGGAAAUAUUGUGACACAAAAUGCAACCAUCAAUGGUAUUAAUUUGAAGGAAUUUGAUGCCAAUGUUUUGAAGACAUUUGGAGAUCAAGUAAUUACUGGUGACUUUACAUUUGAAAGCGAUGUUUAUUUUGAUAAGGAUUUAAAUGUUUUGAAUAAACGCAUUAAUGGUCUUCAUUUGGUCAACGAUUUAAUGUUAAGAGGAAGAGAUAAUGUGAUUACAGUUCCAAAGAUUUUUGCCGAAAACAUUGUCGUCACUAAUAAUAUGAUCAUAAAAGACGGCAAAACCAUCAAUGGUGUGGAUCUGUCAGAAAUGAUGAAGAAUGCAGUCAUGAAAAACAAUGCCAAUAAUAAUAUCAUUGGACCAAAACAUAUGAAUAGUAUAGAAGUGGAUCACUUGAUAGUUAAUCUUUUAAAUGGAUUCAAUGUCAGCGAAAAAACUUUUCUAUUAAAUUAUGGAAAUCAAGUGAUUAUCGGAGAAAAAAUAUUAAAUCAUGAUUUGAGAGUCAAUGCAGACAUUAUUUCAAAGACUAUUAAUCACAUAAUAAUUGGAGAUUUGGCACAAAAUCUUGUACUCAAAGGAUAUAAUAAUUCAAUUAAUACAAUAAAAACAUUCAAAUCUCCACUGACUGUCAACAAUGUCCGCGCUUUUGGUAAAGUCGAUGGCGUAGAUCUUAACGAACUUCACUACUUUAUUGGACUUCCCUUUAAUCUGAAUGACUUGAAAAACAAACUCGACUUUGAGGACAAACAGAUUGGUUUAGUUCAACAGGCAUUGGAUCAACAAAGCAAUCGAUUGGCUUACUAUGAAUUGAAUGCUGUCAUCCCAUUUGGUCCACCACUUCUGUCGUAUCAAAAUACACGUUCACAACAUCUGUUUAUUGUCGGUCAGUAUCUCAACAAUGGAUGUCAAGAAAUCAAUAUUUACACCAAUACUGUCAGUGGCUAUAAAUUGUUGACAAAACUAUACGCUAUCGAUACCAACAUUAUAACAAAAUUUGUGUCAAAUGGACAUCACUUUGUCAUAGUAGCCAACUCUAGGAAUGUUCACAAUUGGGAACAAUGUCUUAAACUUAACAAAAUGACUCAAUUCUUACAAUUCGGAAGCGGACCACAGAUUAAUCAAUUGUUUGUCUUCGAUGGCAAUCAAAAUUCAUAUAAAAUGAUUGCUUCAAUACAUAGUCAAAGUGUUUCCGAUAUCAAAGUUAUCGAUGAAUAUAAUAAAAAUGCAUGUCUUUUGAUGGCCACACCUGUAGUCAACGGUUUGUUAAGUCAAUCGUCAGUUUUGUGCCGCAAUUUUAUUGAUGGAAAAAUAUUUCUGAAAGAAAUGGUUCCAUUGCCUGGAAGAAAUCAGUAUUCAAUUGUUUCGAGUACUACAUAUAAUCGCACUCUAAUGGCUUCAAUUAAUUCGUGGCAAACAAGACAAGUGAUGUCAGACAUUGUGAUCAGCGACUGGUCGACACAAUUGUCUCAUUUUGAUCAUUCCUUUCAAACCAUACGAUUCCUCAAUCCCUAUGCCAUACAUUUUGUCGAAAUUCCUUUACAAUCAAUGUUUUAUUUAUUUGCAUCGGAAAGGAGUACAUCGCUGACACACAAACCGAUGGUCAGAAUCUAUAGAUAUGCAUUAGGUCUCGACAAACAACUUCUGGAAGUGCAACAAAUCGUCGACACCGAAGUCUUUCAAAUAGAUACGGUCUUAUUGGACAACAAAAGAGUUUUAGUAAUACUGUUGACAACAGAUAGACUAUUAGUCUAUGAAUUGAAGGGAGCGUCGGGUUUCGUCCAAAUCCAUUACAUUGACGCCCAAAAUGCUAACAGUUUUGUUGUGUCCAACUAUUUUGAUCAGUCAAACAAAGUUGUCGGACAUUUGAUUGCUAUUUAUUAUAAAAAAUGUUUCGCCAGAAACAGUGAUAACUGUCUUAAAGAGACACAUGUUUUACAUUCAAAACUCUUUCAUAACUAAUUGUUUUUAAUUUAUAUAAUACUAUAUUUUACUUAAUUGUGAUAUUUUUAGACU